AUGUUCACUGUUUCGGAUUCCUUGUUGUUUUUUCUAUUUUCUGUCUCCUUCCAGAGCGUAUUAGGAUCAAGUUGGUUAGAUGGUGAGUCUAUUGAAUGGAAACUUAAUUACUGUAAUCCCCAAUACUUGGGCAGCUCUUCCAGUCUCGCAAGACCUAGUGGCUAAGUUUAAGAUUAAGGUUAUAUUGAGCUUUUGUUUGCCAUUUUGUUUAUAAAGUUAUGAUACAACUAACCUAUUGUUGGUCUCCCUCUGGAUCCAAAGGAAAAUUAUGAAUCAUUUUAUAUUUUUCAAGCUUUACUUAUGGUUAAACUGCAAAGAAUGUCAGUACUUUGACCACCAAACUUUAUUUAAAUUAUGAAGCGUGUAGCAUGAGAUUCUCGCGCGUGAGCCUCACUGAGGUGUAGGACCAAAGUUCUUCGCUUUCGGUUAACCUUACACACUGUUAACGCUUAUUAUUUACUGAAGCUUUGACUAACCAAGUCUUACAGAUUUGGACAAGAAAUGCUGGAGUGUAGAUUUUACAUUUGUCGUGUAGAUUUUGAUCAUGAGCUAUGCUGGGUUUCUGUGGGUACAUGCAUUUACCGGUCGAAAAAAAGACCUCUCGUGCUGUUUUAGUUAAAAUGAAGUACAGUAGAAUUGUUUUUAACUAACAAUUCCGUUUUAAUAGACUGUAUUAGCAUAUGAAUCAAUUGUAUGUGUAGCUGAAAUAACAUGUGCUGUUUAUUAACCAUUAUCAAUAUAUUCCAAUCCUCUUCAAGACUUUCGAUCCUCUGGAAUAAAAUCCUAACAUGUGACCAUUCAGUUGAUAUCUCUGUGGCGAUACGUUUUCAUGGCAUUGUCUUCUGUGCUAAAUUUUACAAUUUUAAAUUCAGAAUUCGUUUUUAAUAUUAAUAUUUGGACUUGGUUUUGGCAAAUGUGGAAGUGAAAUGCCAGUCUUAACAAUCAGGACCCUAAGGUUAAACAGAGAGAACAAGCUGAGACAACACUGAAGAAAAGAGUGUACUCCUGUCUUAUUUGGGUCGCAAAUACGUAGAUUGGCCAGCCACUUUUACACUGUAUGUGCCUUUAUAGAUGUAUAAGUUAGUUCUCCAUCUUCCUUGAAAAUUGAACACUGUGAGUUAGGGCAAAGAGCCUAGUUGUCAUAGAAACAGCAGAUUUUUUGAAAAAAUAAAAACUGUGCAAAUAAGGUGCCUCCAAUCCAAAUAAUAACUUUCUUUUUUGUUUUAUUUUCAUAUGUUGAAUUCUAUGAGAAAUUUAAACCAUUGAUGUUAACGAUACAUGUGAAAGCAAUACUUGAAACCAUAAUUUGAGGAGCUGGUAAGCCCCUUUAUGGAUAUGAUUUUACAUGUAUUCCUUGUCAAAACACAUCUUUGUACCCUUCUCAUUCCAAUCUUGUGACAAAAGUUACUCAUGUUCAUGAGAUGGCGGUUUGUGUUCGGUCUGAUCAUUUUUAUUCAGGCCAGAUAUAGAGAUGGAAAUAACAGGAACAUCAGAGUAUCCAAAAACAUUCUUCAUUUAUGAUCUACUAUUAAUGAAACAAUAUAUUUUAGGAAAGGUCAUGGCUUUUUUUAUUGAAAUGUUUUUGACAAAUCUCUAUCCAGUGGCCACAGACACUGGAUUCUGCUAACCAUCUGUGGAGUUCUUAAAGGAUUUUCGAGCAAAACGAUGUUUGAUAUCCGUAAGCAGUAUGUUAAACUAUGUUAAGGUAUUUUCUAUUCAAAACUUCGAUUUUUAGAGCUAAUUGUUUAAAGGAAUUCAAACCAAUACAAGGAGGAUGAAAAAGAUUUUUUUUCUAGAAAAUUUGUUUUACAGCAUAGUGUUACAGUUAACUCAUUCAUGAUUGUCAUGUACAAAGUCAUGUAGCACGCAGUGUGUGCAGGCACUUUAGUUCAAGUUUUUCUCUAAAUCCAGCUCUGUUUUUGUUUUCCUUUGCCUCAAAUUCUCUGUCUCCAAAGAUAACUUGUUGAAAAUUUCUAAAUGAAAGGCAGGUUUGAACUCAACAAAGACAGCCAAAUGCUGUCAUCAAGUUUGUUGUUAACGGUUGUAGCAAACUAUUUUGAAGACUCUGAGUUGCAUUACAAAAAUUCCUUAUACAUUUAGAGAAUAUAGGCUACUUAAGUCUAACAGAGCUUUAGUUCCAAAAGCAAAAUUAGCAAUAAAUUUUCUCCUGCCUACAGCGGUGUCAAUAUCUGUUGUUGAUAUAUCGUUACUAACAGUCAAAAGGGUGAAUUAAAGACAGAUGAAGAAAACAAAGGACCUGUUACAUUGUAUAUUUUGGUCAGCUCCACUUUAUGAUAAGGAGUGUUGCAAAUUAAAGGACAAAAUUCUGAGCCAAUAUACAGUGUGCACGUAUUGUGUUUGAUAUUUGGCAAGAACAUCUAAAUGCUUGAAGAACAGGAAGAGUAAAUUACGAAAUUCAGUCACUUUAGACAAGAAAAAAAAAUAUUCAGCAUAAGAGCCUAGGUUUUUUGUCUUUUUAAAAUUAAUAUUAUGUGAAACCUGUAACAUCACAUUUUCAUUUUUUGUGUGUGAAAGUACAACUGUACAAUGUAAGUGAAAAAUAUAACUUUGAAAACUGCUUGGUACAUGCAUACAUGUAUGCAUGUAUGUACGUGUUGUGGAUGAAAUCAAUGGCCCUUAUGCAUGGUUACGUCAGACGAGCACAUUUCACCACCAAGCCCUGUUUGUAAGCAAAGUUCUUAGCAUUUGCACUCUUUGUGCAUGGGUAUUCUUUUCAACUGUACUGCCUUGGGAAUUCAUUUAUGUAACACCUCGCAACUUUAUAUUUUGAAAAAGAGACAUGGUGGUGAGAUUUACUCAUCUGACAUAAACAUGCAUAAUGGCUAUUUCCUGGUUAUAAUAAAUCAGAAUAUUCUUUGUCUCCUAUGAAUAAUCAGGCCUAGGAAAGAAAGGAAUUUCGAAACAAACUACAGGUUGAAUCCUGUUUAAUCUGAGAAUGGAUUAUUGAACUUAAAGUGUGGGUCUAGUCAUGAUUUGUUGGCCUUCUAUUCAUAUAGUGUUACAAGAAAGAAAGAUUCGUUACAAAUGAUUGUGUAAUGUUUUAAUAGUUUUGUACGACUGACAAAUUAGUUCCUCCUUUGUUUUUCACAGACUGCAACAGAACAGUAGGUUUACAAGAUGGCAGAGUACUUGAUUCUCAGCUCUCAGCUUCUUCAUUCUAUGAGAAUUUCUAUAUUGGAAGUGGGAAAACAGUCCACACAAAACCACAAUAUUCCCGCCUGUACAACACACGUGCAUGGUGUGCCAGCGGUGGCAGGAAUCAUUAUAUUCAAUUGGACUUAACUCAAACUCUUAUUUUAACUGGAAUUGCAACACAAGGAUUUUCAGGUGUCAAUGACUAUUUUGUCAAAACGUUCAGAGUUGUUUACAGCAGAGAUGGAGCUAAAUGGCAUAGGAUUAAGAGGGUAAGCUGGGCAAGAGCCAAUUCCUAAUUUUUUAUUUUAUUUCCCCUUUUUCACUUUGCUCAACGUCAAAGAAAAAAUGUCUACAGUUUUAGUAACAAUUAUUGUAAUCUGAGUAUUGAGAUUUUAUGUAAUGUACUGGAAAUCUACUAUUAUUAUUAUUACUAAUCAUCAACAACACAGUAAGUCAUGCAAGGAGCUAUCAGCAAUUGAAUGACGGGUAAUCAAACAGACACUGAUAUGUGCUGUGGAAAAGUUAACCAUAUUUGAGAGCAUGGAAUUGGUGGCAGCUUGAAUACAUGAACUGGUUGAUGUCAAUUAGUGAGACACAAGGACUGGGUUAUAAAAGGUUUAAUUAUCCACCUAAAAAUCACUUACGAGCAAAAGCAGCAUCAAGCAAUGUAAACAAUGUAAUAAAAAUAAAAAGGUGUUAAUUUUCCCUCUCUUGCAUCCAGUGGCUGAAUUGCCUAGGAACCAGAGAGAUGAGAUCGGACAUCAGCAUGUAAAGGCGUAGCCUGCGAAAACAUUCGUUUCUCCUCGCUCUUCGUCGCUGAGGACGUUUCGCGCGGAGGAACGUCUGCGACUCAGUGACAGAAAUUCCAUACUGAUGACGCAAAUCAAUGUUUACAAGAUAAAUCCAGUAGUCAUGGGGUUCCAAAUAUAAAUUUGUCUAAUUUUGCGUGUGUUCUGGUCGAUUUUGGUAAAGUGUUGUGUUGAUCUGCCCACGAGCUCCAGCAAAACUCAAAUGCUUCUUCUAGAGAAGACUAUAUUCCACAAAUAUUGACUGUUUUGUUAGGGAUUCUUCGUGUUUACAUUUGACCUUUUUGGCCUUUUGUCUUUUGUCUGUCAUUUGUAAACAAUAGCUAAAACAAUGUAACUGCUCUGUCGACCAAUCAGCGCUUCUGACCGGAUUCUGGACAGAUUUUACGUCAUCAGUAUGGAAUUUCUGUCGCUGAGUCGCAGACGUUCCUCCGCGCGAAACGUCCUCAGCGAUGAAGAGUGAGGAGAAACGGAUGUUUUCGCAGGCUAGUAAAGGCGCACUAUGCAGUCGCUUCAGUCUAUGUUUGAUCUCACCUCUCCCACCCAAACCAAUGACAGUUUAAGUCAGAAUUAAGAUAGACCACGAAACAGGGGCCUUUAGUACAUAUACAUUCCCUACUCUUAAGAAUGUACAAUCAAAUAAUUAUUUCACAGGUUCUUUUACAUCCCCUUUCAAUUGAUGUGUAAGGAUGAAGAAGACAAGAACAGCUAUAAACAUCAUUGCCAAUGAUGUGAUUAUUUAAAUUGAGAAUGGGUUUUAAUCACACUAGCAUGAUCUUACCAGUGGUUGGUGGUCCAUCUUGGGUUUGAACUCACGGCCUCCUGCUCAGCAGACCCGCAUUCUCAUAACUGGAGGGCAGUGGGUGAUGAUCAUAUAUUUUGUAGAAAUUCAAUUUUAGAUAUAUAUAUAUAUAUAUAUAUAUAUAUAUAUAUAUGACUAUUAAACUGGUAGAUAUGUUUUACAUUUCAGUUCCAUGACUGAUUCAUUGCAAUCCCUACCUAUUUUUUACCACAGGUGUUUACAGCAAAUUCGGAUUCUCAGAAAGUGGUAAAGAAUACCUUUCCUGUACCCAUAUCUGCUCAACAUGUUAGAGUUUAUCCAAUAAGGUUUAAUUACAACAUCUGUUUAAGAAUGGAGCUGUACGGUUGCAGUAAUCGUAAGUUGUAUUUUGAAUUUUUUUGGUCAUAAGACAUGUUAUUUUAUCCUUUUUUAUUGCCAAAAAUUGCUUCAUGUCAGCUAUACAUAAAGGAUACACAUCGUGCAUAGUUAGUAACCAGGCUUCGUCUGUCUUGGUAAAGUCCUGUAUACAUAUUAUAGUGUAUAUGUUUUAGGUACAUGUAACAUGUCUCAGGUUACACGUUUUUUUCAGACAAAUUUUCAUUUAUGGCGCCAUUUUUAUUUCACAUGCCCAACCCCUCCCCCACCACUCACACCCUACAUGCAGUGUCAAACAUAUGUAUCCAAAAAUUUACAUGCAUUUCAGUAAUUGUGUAUUUUAGGGAAGGGCAAGGCAGGAACCUCAAUAUGAAGAUCUAUACACCCUGUAUAUCAUUGCUUUACGAAGGCAUCCUAAAAUUUCAAGGAAUUAUGUACAUGUACAUGUAUAUUAGGAGUUUGAUGGCAUAUUAUUGUUAUUAUUCAGUUUUAUUAUUACUUUUUACCUCUUAACUUAGCUUGCAAUAAUUCCUUAUUCUAUUCUUUUCAGUUACAGUUGCUGAAAAUUCUUCAGUUGCUGUUAGUACCACUCCAACAAGUAUAGCCCCUACAAAACCUGAAAAACAAAACAGUAGCAAUUCUGGUGAAAUAUUGUCCACUUCCAGUCCCCCAGGUAACAUGUUUACUAUGCCUCCUUGAGAGUUUUGAACAGUUGCAUGACCCUCUGCACUGUGUGUUAUUUGCAACUUUGUUAACAUGAGUCAUUAUUAUUAGUGAAUCACUUAAACAUAAUUAUCUUAAUUUUCUUAGAUUCUUUGCAGACCACAGCCACAGCUCCAAACGUUGUCCUCACACAAAACAAGACAGUAGUGAGAAUCCCAGCUCAUGCCCCAAGAAAUGUCAGUGUGACAACUGGACCUUCAUUACCAGGGUCUGUGCCAUCUGAGAAAACAGUGGGAGUGGCAGCAAAAGGUGGCUAUGGAGGUGGAAAGGUGUCUCGUCGUGAGAGAACACUGGAUCCUGUGAUGAUUGGGUCAUUAGUCACUGCUUCAUUUGUUCUUAUUGUUGUGGUACCGUUUUUGAUGUGUUUAGUUUUCCUUCGUCAUCAGAGGCAGAGAAGGUAGGAAUGCUUCUCCAUCAAAUUUGUGUAUUACAGUCAUCUAUGUCUAUUAAGAGCCAUUGACUCAUACAUGAAUGUAUUUCAGUUUGGUAAACUCCCACACCACAAAACUCAGGCAAAUCUGCAUUCUUACCCUCAGGUUCUCUUUCCUCAACAAAAAUAAUACAUUGGAACCUCUCCUUUGGGACCCCUCCAUUCAGAGAGGGAUGUAGCUAAGAAAAUGAUAAGCGAGCUUUUUUGUUAUGGUAGUCAAGUCGGCUGUUUUACUCAUCUACAUCUCUAAAAUUCCCACACGGCUUUGUUGUCCUUUCAAUUUGAGCUGGUGAUAAGCUCUUUUUCAGCCAGAGAAAUUAGCCGGCAGCCGGCUCUUAGCAACAUCCCUGUUCAGGGGACCCAAAAUUUGGUCGCGGAACAAUUUUCCUAUUAUCUUUGUAUCUGUUGCCUCUAUAGAGGACACCUCUAUUCAGGGGAAAGGACACGUUUUCUUGGUCCCAAAACCCAGGUGUGACUCAUUUUCCCCAGGCACUAUAAAAUUAAAAUUAUUAAUCUCUAGAGAUCAAAAUCUGAUUGUUACCGAAUUUGGCAUACGGAAAGGAGACUAUUUGAGCAAUUUACCUGGGUAGUUUCAUCCCCUGACCGUGGAAAUGCUCAUCACAACAAUAUUUUGAAAAUGGUGAAACUUGGCCAGCAAUAAUAAUAAUAUCGCACAAAGUGAAUAUUAAAUGCAAAUGACAUAAAGCCAAUUUUUGCCCUCCACACUCUAUGUUGCCAACAGAUAUAAAGCUUUUAAUAUUAUUACUUGUACAUGUAUUUACAUGUAGUGGAAAUAUCAGGCAGAAUAAUUUUUGUGCCCCAUUUCUUUCUCUUUUAACACAAAUGUAUAUGUUCCGUGCAUUUAGGUGUUUUUCCUCAUAUGCAGUGGGAAGUUAUGUAGCGUAUGGUGAGCCAUUAGCUUCCAGCAAACAUUCAUCUGAUAAGGAUAAUGACAGCGUUCAAGAAAUGUAAGUGCAAUGAAACGUGUGAACAUUUAUUUCAGUUGCAUAUUACAUACAUAUAGAUCUCUGAAACAAGCAAAUUGCAAUGCCUGGUGUUGAAAUGCUACAUAGGUAGAGUUACAACUGACGCCAAAAGGGGAAUUCUACACUUGGGAAUUGUUUUUAGCUCAUGGAUGAUGAGGUCAUUCCAUGAGCUUUUGAAGGCACUUGAAUUCACAGUCACUCACUCUCAUUAAUUACCUCUAAAAUGAGCUGUCACUACUGUACACAAACUCAUUAAGGUAAGCAUUUGACGUGGAAUUUGUGUUCUAAUUUUCCUGUCUUAUUGUCGUUUAUUCAGUGAUGAAAUCAGUGCCAUUAAGGAGAAAUUUAACACAGAUGAAAUCAACCUCUUGAGUCCACAUGCUGUUUAGCAUGCUAAAAGUAGUUUUGUUACAUGUAUUUUAACUGAACUUUAUAAUUAUUUGCAGUUAGCAUGACAUUUCUAGCAAAAAAAGAGAGAAAAAAAUUGCCGCACAAGUCUGAGUUUGUAACUAGCCAAAGUUAAACGUUUUUAGAGAUCAAAAGAGUAACACAAUAAUUCUUAAUUUUUUUUUCGUCAAAAGCCAUGUUAAAAUUGUGCGUGGUUAGUGGAAACAAGUAAAUUUCUCUGUUGUAGAAGUCGUUAUAACUAAGAUUUUGACUUUUUUAUCGGUUCAACAGUGAAGCGUGUCAGUGAGAAACUCAAUAUUUUUCAAUUCAGCCUGGCUAUUCUUGGUUUUUCAUUCCAUUCUUAGUUUGAAGAUGUCAUGCUUAUUGCUAAUUAAUCUGUUAAUUAAGAAGUGAUGUUAAUGGGAAAUUAAUUAUACUGCACACUGUCCCAGUGAAGACAUGUGCUUAUACCAAACAUUUGUACACGUACAUUAUUUUAAAGAAAAUAAUAGUGCUUCUGUUGUUGCAAUGUCAAAGGUUAUCAUACAUAUUUAAAACAUAAGAAAUAUUUAAAGUCAAUCACGCAUUUUAUAUUGAUGUUUAACCCUUUUUCAUCCCAAAGUUGAUUAACAAUAAAUCAAGAUGCAUAAUUAUAAUUAUACAUUGUUAACAUGGUCGAUGUUACAACUUAAUGAUUUGAGGACUGGCUGAAUGGAUCAGCAAUGUUUUUAGAAGUACAUUAUUCGGUCGUACCUCCACUAACAGCCACCUCUCUACAACAGCUACUAUUUCUUUCGUCCCGAGGACAAAAAAAUCCAUACAUUGACUCUUGCUUAAAACCUGUCUACAAUGGCCACUUUCUUCUGUCCCAAAGGUGGCCGUUGUAGAGAGGUUCAACUGUAAUCCAUUAAAUGAGAUUUAAUUAUUACCUUUACACUAUUCCAGUGUGGAUAUGUGCAUGGUAUCCAUGUAAUACUACUGGCUUAUAAAGCUCACCGGUAUUUUGGUAAACGUUAAAAAUGCUCUUGUGUAAAUUUAGGAGGACUAAGUUACCCUUCUUAGAUUUUUCAGUUGGAUAUCUCAGGGGAAGAAAACAUUUUUCCCCGAAAUUUCCAGUUGUUCACCAUCAUUUCUUUCUGAAGAAGUUACUAAUUAUUAAUUUUAAAGUGACUGAGGCUUGGAUUCAAUUAUUUUAGUACACUGUUCGAGAGUGGAUGUGUACUAAGUACGUGACGGUUGAAAAAGCAAUUUUUUGUGUGAAAGUUUAUAUAGAGAGUCUAGCGCUCACCUCUCCGAUUGGGUGAAAAAACCUCGCCAUUUUCUCCACCAAUCAAAAGUUUAGCAAAAGAAAAUUGAUUUUCUUGCUCGCGUUUUCCCUCGUUGUGAAUUCCCUUUGAUAUGUGAUUGGUUUGUUUGUUUGACUGCACGUGUCAAGAUUGGCCAUUAGGAUUUGGUAAUCAGACACUCAAUUGAAAACCGCUAGUUUUACGUCUUUCAUAUAAAUGUAUUUCUUUCAUUUAACAACUGCCACAGUGUGUGGACCUAUGUGAGGUUCAUCCCAAAAAACUGAGCAAACUGGCUGGCUCGGUAGACAGCGGCUCUCAGAAUAAAGAGCCAGCGACAAUUUUUAACACCUUUGUGAUUUGAAGGCGAGGUUUAUUUUGUGCACCAUUCCAAAGUGUUUGUGUACAUAAUCUUUAUGAUAUUAUUAAUUUAUUAUAAGAACAGCUUAUCCAAGAAUUUUUUAUAUUAUUUUUGUACACUAUUCCAGAGAGUUUAUGUACAAAGAGAGAAUUACCUAAAUUAAUAGGAUUGUUUUAUAAUGUUAAAAUCCAUUAGAGUAAGCAUAUUCCUCAUAAUGAAUCAUGAUAUUUCACGAUUCUGGUGAAUCUGUUGUGAUAAAGAAACGUUUUGUAAUCAUAAUCAACUUCUGGCUCAUGAAUCAUCAUAGUCAGGUGUUGAAUUUCAAAUCUAUAAGAUACAAUCAUGGCUCGCCUUCUUUUUUCUUCUUUGAUUAUGAAAUGUUUCAUUUAUCUCGUUCGGAUUGUUUUGUUAGCAAUUAAUUUAUUGUGAUGUUUUUGUACAGUAUUCCAGAGAGAUUAUGUACAUUAAUUAGAAUGCUUUCUUAAAGGUGUCAUAUCGUACACCAUUCUGAAACGUCAUUGAGUACAAAGUUUAAAUUUUUGUAAUUCAAAUUCCUCUGUACAGUGACCCAGAGAGGUCGUGUACACUGAGACAUUUCGUGAGUCAACUGAUAAACAGCUACUGGAAAUGUUCUAGAGUCUAUGUAGAUUUAUGAGGUUAGAAUAGUUUAUAAUCUGUUGAGGUCCUGCACAAUCGUCCUUGGAACUCUUGCUGGCAGAUAUUAAGGAUAUAUUAUGACAUCACUGCAACUCUUUGUUCCGUGUGCUUGUCUUGAGCUCUUAAGCGCAGAUUCAAUAAACUUCAAUUGCCCUG